AUGGAUGCGCUAUUUUCUGCUGUUUUAGGCGAACUUGCUGCAAGAUGCCUAUCCUUCCUCGUCAGCAAAUAUUGGGCAACACCCGGGUUGUCCGAAGAGGAGAUCUUACGGCGGCUAGAGUGGGCUCUACUCCGAGUCGCCGUCACCGUCGAGGAGGCUGAUGGGAGGUUCAUCACAAAUGCAGCAAUGCUUCGCCAACUCCACUCGCUGAGACAAAAGAUGCACAGAGGCUACUACCUGCUUGACAAAUUCCGGUACCUCAACUGCGGAGACGGCCGCCGAAAGGUGAAACAUCAUCAUCACAACCGAUCUCUAGCCAUGUCGUCUGCAUCCAGCAAUCCAGGCAAGCAUUCUCCUCCCUCUGCUAGGCUACCCUCAACGGAGUUGAAACUGAUGCUUGAUAGCGUACUUAGCGUGGUGGCUGACAUGCAUGAGUUUGUAGCUUUUCUGAAAGGCUACCCUCGAAUGUGCCGUCAGCCAUAUAGCAUGCACCUGCUACUUGAGAAAUGCAUGUUUGGUCGCCAUGCCGAAAUGGAGCGAACCGUCCAUUUCUUGUUGCAGAGGGAGCCUCCUGGUGAAUGCAAUCUGGGUGUCCUGCCAAUCGUUGGCCAAGGAAAAGUUGGAAAGACCACAUUUGUUGAGCAUGUUUGCUACGACGUGAGGGUGCGUGAUCACUUCUCUCAGAUUGUCUUUCUAAGUGGAAAUAAUAAGCUCAGAACAGAGAAACUAUCCACCCUCAAGGAUGGAGGCAUAAUCAAGCAUAAAAACGACACUCUAAAUGAAGAAAAAAUACUGGUUAUAGUAGAGCUAGACGGGGAGGAUGGUAUUGAUGAUGAUGAUGCGGAAUGGAGGAGCCUGUUCGCCGCCGCUCGGAGUAUCCUUCCUAGUGGAAGUAAAAUUAUAAUCACAGGAAGAUCAGAGCAAAUAAUGAACUUUGGAACGACACAAGCUCUAAGGUUGAACUUUUUGUCUCGAGAAGCAUGCUGGUACUUCUUCAAGGUGCUUGUGUUUGGAAGCACAUCUCCUCAAGACCAUCCUAAGUUGGCAUCACUAGCAGUGAAGAUAUUUGAGGAGUACUACAGCCACACUGACAUGUAUGGGGACUUCAUUGGUCCGUUUUCCAAUUCAAAAAAUAUUGCUGGCAUGUUAAGGGCUAGAUUUAGCAAAGAGCACUGGCGCAAUAUUCUUGCAUGUGUAAAAACAAAUGGACAGAAAAACCUACGUCCCUAUUGUACUGAUGCACAGAAUAUCAGGAUGGAAAAUGAACACUAUUACAUAAGUAGAUUGUCGAAUAUUUCUCAGUUUGUCCAAGUUGACAAACACCACAGAAUAGGGUUUGAUCAUGACCAGGUUCCCAAAAUAACUAUCGGUGAAGUAAUGUAUGGAAGAAUUACUCCGAAAGGGAGAUUUGAGGUGGUUUGGUGGACGUCACACUUGCCGCCUUAUUACAGCUACAUAGCCAGCUGCGAGAUUGUUGAUUCAGAUUGCACGCACAUGAGGAAAAGGUUUUCUAAUAAGAGGAAAAGCAUGAGUUAA